CCCGCCGCGAAGAUGGCCGACGGCGCCGUCCUCAUAAGCGAUACGGACUCUCAGGGCAGCCGCUCGCCGCCGCGCCGGCGUCGGUACCGCCGCCCGCCGCCCGCUGCGGAGAUCAUCGAUCUGACCUGCGAGGACACGAGCACAGACCCGGCACCACCGAGCAGCCUCACCAUCAUUGACCUGACAGAAGACACAUGCAUCCCUCCCCACACCGCUGGCAAGGCUGACCAGGACCCCGGGCAGGCGCCCGCUGGCCCAGCAGCACACACAUCCCAACCCCAGCUCUGCUCUACCACAAUGCAAGAAACAGAGGCAGUGGCAGGGCUGAGCCCCCCAGCACCCUGUCACGGUGCUCCUGAAAAGCCCGGUGGCACCAUGGACACAGCAGAAAGUAUGGAGGACUGGAGGUGCAUGUCUCCCAACUCCUCAUGCAGCUCAGAGCAGAACUGCAGCACUACCACUUUUAACAGUGACUUGGGCUCCCUGGCCAGCAUGCAGCUGGACUCAGACCUUCUGUCCCCCUCCAGCCUGGACAGCAGCAGCUGGAGAGCCAGUAGCCCAGAGGAAGAGACACCCCACCUCUUCCAGCAAAGGGAGUUCCCCCCAAGGCUAAGCCCUGCCCCAGCCAUCCCCACAACCUCAGGGAAAGCCCAAGGGCCUUUGCUGGUAACUGGUGACUUACCACCACAUGAAGGAAUCCAGCAAGUGACCCCAGCCAGGACCAAGGCUGACAACAAGGGCUGGCUGAACAAACUGCAUUAUUUCAGGAGAAGCGGAGUCCAGCACCUCUUUCUCCAAGGCGAAGCAUCCAACAGGGAAACACAGCAGGAACCUGAGCUCAUCCCCAAAGGGAAGCUGAGCAUGGUGCACACCACCAUGGAGGAGAACUUCCUGGAGGGCACCUUGCAUUUCCUGAGUGAGUUCGUCUCCUGCCAGCACUGUCCCCCCAGAGAAAUCAUCUCCCACCUGGUCAGACAGAUGCUGUUGAACUGCCACCAAGGCGAGAUCCUGAAGGACACCUACAUGUUGCUGAUGAAGAUCCAAAUGCUUCAUCCAGCCAACGCUGCCACAGUGGGAUGGGACUGGACGCUGCUGAAAUACAUCAUGGAGGAACAGGAGAAGCCCCCUGGCUGGCUCCUCUUCCUGCAGUACGUGGUGCAGACCCUGGAGGACGACUUCCAGCAGAACCUGAGGUUGCGCCUGCUGCAGAAGUCAAUUGGCAAGAAAGUGCUUUCAUGUGACAUGUGCUUCAACAAUGUCAAGGAGGUGGUUGAAUGGUUGGUCGCAGCAGUUACAGGAGUCGGAUUCUUCCAGCCCCAAAAGCAGCCACAAGAAACUGCAACCUCUUCAGCAGAAGCAAGGGCCGAACACAGCUCAUCUGCACCAUGUCAGGCCAGCACUGACCACGCAGAGGUGGCUCCGCCAGCUGUCUUCACCCAGAAGGCGAUGCUCCUGCUCCAGCGGAUGUUGUCCAUCGCAGUGGAAGUGGACAAAUCUCCCAACUGCAGCUCCUGUAAGAUCGCAAAUGCGAUGUUCCCGUUUAUACUGAAUAUUCCCCUGAGGAGCCAAAGAGAAGCUUUCUUAAACACCAUGGAGAGCCAGCUCCUACGCUGCAGACUGCUAGAGCUGCUGUUCCAGCAUAGCUGUGAGGUGCCCACAACCUUGCCCUUGUCUCUGGCCAAGAUCCUGUACUUCCUGAGCCACUUCUCUGUGCUGCUGCAAUACCAGGAUGAAACAACAACAUGGCAAAAAUGGGAUGAAAUGCUGCAAUACUUAAGUUUGCUGCUGACAAGUUACCAAAGUGUAAUCCUGGAGCACCUGAGGAGCUCACUCAAUGACCGAAUGGACUUGAUCAUUCAGAAAGCCAAGCCCAAGCUCCAGAAUGACGAUGACAUCAGCAAUCUGGACAUUCAGCUGAAUAUGGAAGACUUAAUCAGCCGAAUGCAGCAGGUCCUGGGGCAGCCUUUUCCCCUGCAGAUCAUGGAGAAAUUGUGCAUCCUUCGGGAGUUGUUCCUCAUUGUCACUGCUACCUGAUGGAGACAACCACUGCAGCAGGGGGCAUGGAGAGCUUCAGGUUUCCUCUACAAAACCCCAUCAAAAUCCCCAUCUCAUGCUGCAGUUCCAAAUGUCAUGAGUUUGUUUAUAUGUUUCUUUUAAAAAAGGGUUUACCUGGUUUCAGAAUUUCCUAUUUAACUUGCCUUAUCCUACAGUUUCACAAGGCACUUUGUACACUUUUAAAAAAUAAAUUAUUUUCAUAUUU